CCAAGCCACCGUCGACUUUAGUUAACUCUCUCUCUCUCUCUCUCUCUACUCCGUCUCAGAUUUCUCUUCUCCGCUCGGAAAAGCUCCAAACUUUGCUCUGCAAAUCCUAAUCUUCCGAUGUCGAUCUUCGAGUACAAUGGAAGCGCCGUCGUGGCAAUGGUGGGGAAGAACUGCUUCGCCAUCGCUAGUGAUCGGAGGCUAGGUGUGCAGCUGCAGACAAUCGCCACCGAUUUCCAGAGGAUCUCAAAGAUCCACGAUCGUGUCUUCAUCGGCCUCUCUGGUCUCGCCACCGAUGUCCAAACACUGUACCAGCGCCUUGUGUUCCGUCAUAAGCUGUACCAGCUUCGGGAAGAGAGAGACAUGAAGCCGGAAACUUUCGCCAGUCUCGUCUCCGCCAUUAUUUACGAGAAGAGAUUUGGUCCUUACUUGUGCCAACCAGUGAUUGCUGGAUUGGGAGAAGAUGACAAGCCCUUCAUCUGCACCAUGGACUCCAUUGGUGCCAAGGAGUUGGCUAAAGAUUUCGUUGUAUCUGGAACUGCUUCAGAAUCACUGUAUGGGGCCUGCGAAGCAAUGUACAAGCCAGACAUGGAAGCCGAGGAACUGUUUGAGACGAUUUCACAAGCACUUCUGUCGUCAGUUGACCGAGAUUGUCUGAGUGGUUGGGGAGGGCAUGUCUACGUUGUAACACCAACGGAGAUUAAAGAGAGGAUCCUAAAGGGAAGGAUGGAUUAAGCUGAUUCAUCAUUAUCUGCUUUUAUCCAAGUUGUUGUUUUUUGUUGUUGCUGUAAUCUGUUUUUAAUUAGAUUUUAACCAUCGUUUAAUCAUA